AUGUCUGCUCAACAGUUAAACUUGGACGAGGUCAAGGCAAAGACAAACAAAUACUCUCGUGGUCGAAAACUCAAUCCUAAGAAAAUCAAAGACAAGAAGCUUCGAAGCAAUGUACAAAAAAUUGAAGAAAGGAUUGAAAAUGUAGAGACAGAUCUAUCUAAAACAGAGUUAUUACGCGUCGAUGAACCAGGUUAUUUGGAAGCUGAAGGUUUAGAAAAAACUUACAAAUUUACACAAAACCAAAUUGCUCCAAAUGUUGCUCUCGAAACUGCUACGAAGUCUUUUUCCUUGGGUUUGGAUAAAUUCGGCAGUUACAAUUUCGACUACACAAGAGAUGGCCGCAUGGUGCUUCUAGGAGGUCGAAAGGGUCAUGUUGCUGCUUUUGACUGGAGAAACGGUAAAUUAUUAACAGAAUUGCACUUACAAGAAACAAUUCGUGACGUGAAGUGGUUUCAUAAUCAUCAAUACUUUGCCGUUGCUCAAAAAAAAUAUGUUUAUGUUUACGAUAAUAUGGGUACAGAAAUUCACUGCUUAAAGAGACACAUAGACGUGAAUGCUUUAGACUUCCUUCCAUAUCACCUUCUUUUAACUAGUAUUGGUAAUGCUGGUUAUCUAAAAUAUCAAGAUGUCUCAACUGGUCAAUUGGUUGCGGAGCAUCGUACUGGUAUGGGAGCUUGCCACGUUCUUCGUCAGAAUCCUUACAAUGCCGUUGAACAUGUUGGUCAUGCUAACGGGCAAGUUACACUUUGGGCUCCCUCUUCUACUACACCGCUUGUUAAAAUGCUCACCCAUCGUGGGCCUGUGCGUGAUGUGGCCGUUGAUCGGGAAGGCAAAUAUAUGGUAACUGCCGGCGCCGAUAGUUUGAUGAAAGUAUGGGACCUUCGAAAUUACAAGGAGGUUCAUUCAUAUUAUACUCCCACACCCGCUCAACGCAUGACUUUGAGUGAUACAGGUUUACUCACAGUCGGUUGGGGUUCUCAUGCUACGGUUUGGAAAGAUGCUUUACGUACAAAACAAAGUUCUCCUUACAUGAAUCAUAUGAUUCCUUCUUCAUCUGUGGUUGAUCUUCAUUAUUGUCCUUAUGAGGAUAUAUUGGGCAUUGGUCAUGACAAGGGAUUUGAGAGUGUAAUUAUUCCUGGAUCUGGUGAACCUAAUUAUGAUUCUUAUGAGAACGAUCCUUUCGCCGCCAAGAAACAGAGACAAGAAACAGAAGUUCGUCAACUUCUUGAAAAGCUUCGCCCUGAGAUGAUUUCUCUGCGCCCUGAAUUUAUCGGUAAUGUGGAUAGGGCUGCUCCUUCAGUUCGAAAGCAAGAGGUUCAAGAAGAAAAGCCUCCAGAGCAAAAAUGGCUUCCCAAAAACAAGGCACGAGGUAAAAACUCGGCUUUGCGUCGCUAUGUGCGUAAGCAUGCUCGGAACGUAGUGGAUCAACGUCGUCUUAACGUCGAAAAAUCUCUUGAGAGUGAAAAGAAAAUGCGAGAACAGCGCGUUCGUCAAGAGAAAGGAUUGCCUCAAGAAAGGGAAAAAUGGGGUUAUGCACUAUCGCGGUUUUCUCGGGGAAAAUAA